CUUGCUUUGCGUCAUUGUUAUUGCUGCAAUAGCGCAGCAGCACCAAACGCAAGUUUUGACACCUUGUCAGCGAGCACUUUUACCUAUCCUUGCCCCACGCGAGCUCAGCUUUUGUGCCAAGCCGCGCCAAUUACCACCCAAUUGAGGGUAUUGCCUUGCACAGAGCUAAGCAGCUGCUAGAUUACUGAUCUAACGCUCGGGCGUCCUCGUCAAAAUGCUCUCCGCCCAGACCUCGCGGACCUGCUGCUCGCAGCGUGGUUGCAAUGGAGUCAGGAUGGCGCCGCAGGCUAAGCCGAUGGUGGGCCGCGUGCCCGGCCGCUCGGGCUCCCCCUGCGUGGUCGCCGCGGGCGAGGCCAACGGCAGCCCCAUCGUGACCGGCCCCAUCUCCGUCAACCCCUCCAUGUCGCCCGCUCUGGACCCGGUGGCCGCUGCUGAGGCCGGCAAGUCCGCCAAGGCUGUGGACCGCAGCAAGGGCCUGUGGACCCGGUGCGACAAGUGCGGCACCAUCCUGUACAUCAAGCACCUGAAGGAGCACCACCACAUCUGCUUUGGCUGCAACUACCAUCUCAAGAUGAGCUCUAUGGAGCGCAUCAACCACCUCAUUGACGCCGGCACCUGGCGCCCGCUGGACGAGACGCUGAGCCCCGUGGACCCGCUGGAGUUCUCCGACCUCAAGUCUUACACCGACCGCAUCAAGGAGGCGCAGGAGAAGACGGGGCUGCAGGACGGCGUGCGCACCGGCACGGGCCUGCUGCACGGCAUCCCCGUGGCGCUGGGCGUCAUGGAUUUCACCUACAUGGGUGGAUCCAUGGGCAGUGUGGUGGGCGAGAAGCUGACUCGCCUCAUCGAGUACGCCACGCAGGAGGGCAUGCCCGUCAUCAUUGUGUGCACCUCGGGCGGCGCUCGCAUGCAGGAGGGCAUCUUUUCGCUCAUGCAGAUGGCCAAGAUCAGCGCCGCGCUGCACGUGCACCAGAACUGCGCUAACCUGCUCUACAUCGCCAUCCUCACCUCGCCUACCACCGGUGGUGUGACGGCCUCGUUCGGCAUGCUGGGAGACGUCAUCAUCGCCGAGCCGCAGGCCAUCAUCGGCUUCGCGGGCCGCCGUGUGAUUGAGCAGACGCUGCAGGAGCAGCUGCCCGACGACUUCCAGACUGCGGAGUACCUGCUGGAGCACGGGCUGCUGGACCUGGUGGUGCCGCGCUCCUUCCUCAAGGGCGCGCUGUACGAGAUCAUUGACUUCUACCGCGCCGCCCCCUACAAGAAGCGCGGCAUGAUCCCCUUCGGCGUGCAGCACGGCACCUUCCUCACCACCGAGGAGAAGGUCCGCCGCCGCUGGGCUCAGUGGAGCCGUGGCGGCAACGGCAACGGCAAGGACCUGGCUGUGGCGGGCGACAGCAGCACCGUGUCCUACCGGGAGCUGGUCAGCAGCUACCGAACUCUGGUGGCUGGCGACGCGGCCUCCAGCGGCUCCUCGCGCGGCGCCGCCGCCCCGCUGGACCUGCAGGAGCUGCUGGCGGACCCGGAGGCGCUGCCGGGCGCCAUGGAGCUGGCCAAGCAGAGCAAGAUCGAGUGGAUGGCACGCACCGAGGAGCUGCUGGCGGCGCAGCAGGACAAGAUGCAGUACGUGUUCCGCAUGAAGUAAAUGGGGAGAGAAAGCAGAUGAGGUGGUGGUAGUGAGGUUGGCGGCCGCCUAAUGCGGAGGUGGGGCUGACGUGGGGGCUUACUGGCGGGAACAGGGCUUGGAUGUAGGGAGGAGGUGUGGGUGGGCGUAUACAGGGCGUGGAGUCGGAGCAUAAACGGCGCGUGCGCGGUGCGGGCGGAAUGGCCGUGGUGCGUCGGGAUGUGCUGUGUUGCGUGUGCGCUGUGUGUGUGUGUGUGUGCGCGGGAUGAGCCUCCCCAUGCUAUAAGCUGCUUGGGGCUGUGGCUGGCAACCCACUCGUACGGGGCAGCUUCAAUUUUGGCGGUUUGUGCGGUUAUGAGAGACCUUGUGACGAGUUUUAUGUUCGAGAGCAGAAUGAUGAGACUACUUCGCCACCGCCCACAAGGACAUCCCGUUGGGGGCGCAGUUGUGAGAACAUGGCUCAGGGGUGACGCGAGGCAGAGCAUAUACGGAGUGCGGUGCAAUGCAGCACCCCGAGCAUCCGGUGUAGAUGAGCCGCACGACAACACUUGUAGACUGAGAGCUGGCGGGCGGGCAGCAAGGUGUAUAGCAGCGGCUGCAGUGAUUGCCGCAGGGCGGAGAUCGACAUUACCGAUUACGACGUCGCGAGCCCGUGCACGGCCGCUGAGGCUAGCAGCACAGCUCGGAGUGACAUUAUUUGCAUGUAACGCACUUGGAUG